UAAAUCCCCAUCUCAUUGGUGUGUGAUCUCCAUGUCACCAGACGCCGCAAGCCUGUGAUCCUUGUGCGAGUCAAACUCGUGCAGAUGAAGUUGGACUUUGAGUGAGAAAGAUCCCAUUGGAUCACCCCGCUUUUGUGGUCUAGUGCUUUGUCACUAUAAAAUCCCCACUAUGGACCAUACUCUGGCAUGUGCUACUUCUUUGGUCCCGUGCCACGAGGUGGUUGAAGGCACCCUACUGAAUUCCUUGUUGCCCAUCAAACAAGGCCUCAAGAUGUUCAUCAUAGAGGACAAAGGGGGUGCCAUUGCUAUCAUGUGUGCCUCCCUCCUUUUCUUGGGCACAUGGCCAGCCGUGCUCACCCUCUUGGAACGCCGGGGACGCCUUCCUCAGCACACCUACCUCGACUACUCGAUAACCAACCUCCUCGCCGCGGUCCUCAUCGCUCUUACCUUCGGCCAGCUUGGGGAGCCCAAGCACAACAUGCCCAAUUUCUUCACUCAGCUCAGUCAGGACAACUUGCCUUCAGUCUUAUUUGCAAUGGCAGGGGGUGUUGUUCUCAGUAUUGGGAACCUUUCUACACAGUAUGCUUGGGCAUAUGUGGGUCUCUCGGUCACUGAGGUUAUCAGCUCAAGCAUGGUUGUUGUAAUAGGCACAACAUUGAAUUACUUCCUGGACGAUCGCAUCAACAGAGCAGAGAUUCUUUUCACUGGAGUGGGGUGCUUCCUUGUUGCAGUCAUCCUUGGCUCUCUUGUCCACGCUUCCAAUGCAGCUGAUAAUGAAAAGAAACUAAGUGAAUCCACAAAUAGCUACAAACUUGGGAAAGAUGGAGGUACGGAGACAGGCAAACAAGUUAUAGACAAAGAUGCUCCUAAGGACAUGGAGAAUGGAGCUUCGGCUGACUAUGCCACCAAAGCUGAAGCGGGAACUGCAGAAUACCUAAUUGAACUCGAGGAGCGGCGUUCAAUUAAGGUAUUUGGGUCGAGUACCUACAUAGGGCUUGGGAUAGUUUUUUUCUCUGGCAUCUGCUUCUCUCUCUUCUCCCCAGCAAUCAACCUAGCCACCAAUGACCAGUGGCACACCCUGAAAGAUGGUGUCCCGCAUCUGGUGGUUUACACUGCCUUCUUCUACUUCUCCAUCUCGUGUUUUGUUGUCGGUAUCGGGUUGAACAUCUUGUUCCUCUACCAUCCAAGGGCUGGCGUGCCCAAGUCAUCCUUCAAGGCAUAUCUGAAUGACUGGGAAGGCAGGCAGUGGGCUCUUCUUGCCGGCUUCCUUUGCGGUUUUGGCAAUGGCUUCCAGUUCAUGGGUGGUCAGGCUGCUGGUUAUGCUGCUGCUGAUGCUGUUCAGGCAUUGCCACUUGUGAGCACAUUCUGGGGCAUCCUGCUAUUCGGGGAGUACCGGAAGUCGUCGAAGAAAACUUACACACUGCUUGCGUUGAUGCUUCUCAUGUUCAUCGCCGCUGUAGCAACGCUCAUGGCUUCAUCAGGUCACAGGAGCACAAAGUGACCUCCUUUCAUUCUUUCUUCUAGUUUGAAACUCUUUCUGUCAGAAGUUGAAGAAAUUCAGACAUCAAGGAGAAGGCCUUGGAAGCUGGCAAUGCCAGCACAAAGUGAAGUCCAUUCAUGAAGUUUCGGUUGAAUGGAGUUUUACCUGUACAUAAUCACAAGAAAAAACCAAAAAAAGAGAUUGGUGUCUCUUGAUUUCAAGUUAGUGCCGAAUCAUAUGAAAAAUGAUGUGUUGUCGCCUUACCGGUUUGUAAGAUCAUCUGGAGAUAGCUAGGAAAGAUUACCAAGUUAUUAUGUUUUGGUUUAAUGUGAAGGUCAGCUUAGGAUUUGAUUUUUCA